UCAUAAAAGUUGUGGAUAUCGUUUCCAGAAUACGCGAAUAAACCGAGCAUAAAACAUUUUUGUUAGUUUUUUAUUUAUUAAUUGCGAAAGUAAAGCCUAUAAAAUUCGAAAAAGUUCUUAUAAACUAAAAGAAAUAUAGUUUAACAAAAACACUGCAAUAGAUUAAGCACUUUGAAAAAAAUAUUGUCUUGACAAAAAAAAUCGGAAAGCGUAAAUUAUAAAAUUUCAUCUCAAAGGUGUUUAUUAAAAAAAUAUAUCUAAAUUAAUAAAUUUUGUUGCACAAAUUUUCUAAGAAAAAAAGAAACAAAUUGGCUGAUUAAUAAAUAUUGUGCAAACAAACAAAAAAAAGUAAAAAAAAAUCAACAACAGAGACGUUUAGCUUUCACACAAAAAUUUGCAUACCCCGAGACACAAAAAUAUGAAAUGGUUUCUGCUUAUUUUUGUCAUUAAACAACACACACAGCAAAUAGAUAAACUGUAAAUAAACAAAACAAAAAUAAUAAUAAUAAUAUUAAAACGAUCAACAUUAAUUGAAAUCGAAAUAAACAAACCAACCAAAAAAAAAAAAGUAAAUUUAUAGCAACACUUUUGUGUGCAUUUGCGAAAUAAUUUCGACAUUGCGUUUAUUUCAAGAAAUCGUGGCUGAAACAGCAACAAAGCCAACAACAAUUGAUCCAAUGCCUUCUGCAGUAAGUGGUUCCGGUGGACACGGCUCAGCCGGUCAUAACUCGAGUAUACCCAGUAACGAAGAGUGCGGCAUACGUGAUGUUUGGAAACAUAAUUUAGAAGAAGAAUUUCGUACUAUACGUAAGGUGGUGCAAAAAUAUCAUUAUGUUGCAAUGGAUACGGAAUUUCCCGGUGUUGUUGCACGUCCGGUGGGUGAAUUUCGUUCAACAGCCGAUUAUCAUUAUCAGCUAUUGCGUUGUAAUGUAGACUUAUUGCGCAUUAUACAAUUGGGUUUAACCUUUAUGGAUGAUGAGGGUAAAACACCACCCGGCUAUAGUACUUGGCAAUUUAAUUUUAAAUUCAAUUUGAGUGAAGACAUGUAUGCCCAGGACUCAAUUGAUUUGCUGACAAAUUCUGGCAUACAAUUUCGUAAACAUGAAGAUGAUGGCAUUGAUCCUUUAGAUUUUGCCGAACUUUUAAUGUCAUCUGGCAUUGUUCUGAUGGAUAAUAUUAAAUGGCUUUGCUUUCAUUCUGGCUAUGAUUUCGGUUAUUUGCUUAAGCUAUUAACCGAUCAAAAUCUACCAGCCGAUGAGAGUGAAUUUUUCGAUUUACUGCACAUUUAUUUUCCCAAUAUAUAUGACAUUAAAUAUCUAAUGAAAUCAUGCAAAAACCUUAAGGGUGGUCUACAAGAGGUGGCCGAUCAAUUGGAGUUACGUCGUGUGGGACCACAGCAUCAGGCUGGUUCCGAUGCCCUGCUAACCGGCAUGGCUUUCUUCAAAAUGCGUGAGAUGUUCUUUGAGGAUAAUAUUGAUAAUGCCAAAUAUUGUGGACAUUUAUAUGGUUUGGGUACCUCAUUCAUAGUAAAUGGUGCUAAUUUCCACGAGAGCAAUGGCGAGAAUGCAAAUGCAACGUGAUUUAUAAUUGAAAUAGAACGUACGCAAAAUAUAUUUGCCAGCAAUUCAACAACAUGAAACAGAACAAUAUAAUAUAAUUAACUAUAAUAACAACAACAACAGCGUUAAUAAAAGAAAGAGUUAAAACAGCAACACAGCACAGUAAGAACAAACUUCAAGCAAAUAAGAAAAAAAUUAAGAAAAACAAAUAUUUUAAAAGCAAAAAACAAAAACAAACUUAAUUUCG